CGGAAACUGAACGUUUCGACCACGAUAGAGGGAUGCGCAUGGAAAGCGACACACCACACCACCGGCAGGAGUUUAUUAAUUAUUGUGAUUACUAUCGUCUCUAAAUUGAAUAGAGUAUGCUCUUUAUCGAGCCCUUCAUGCGGAGGAGGUGAGCCUGGUUGGUCACAGGGAUAUGGUAAUGUAUAGUGACUAGCGCUGGACACAGACAGCACUGGACAACAAGGAACAGCAGAUUUGCCUGUGAUGAGUUGCGAAGGCACUGGUUUGGGGGCCCUGGGCCCACUUGCAGGGUAUUGGGAAAAAAUCCAGGAGCGCUCAGCCUCGCUAGAGACCUGUCCAUGGUGUGCUGCUAAAGGGCAGACUCAGGCUCUGCGUUCCUAUAGGAUCAGCAUCCAGGAGGUCAUCACCCUCUGCACUGACCCACAGUGCCUGUUUCCCCUGGUCUCCAGGCCCCUGGAAGAUGUCCUGGCCAGCCUCGUACCCCCUCUACCCCAAACACAGACGGGGAGGAAGAGGAAGAGUCCCAGUGUGUUGGAGAACGGAGACUCUGUACCUUCCCCCAAAAGCGCACGAUCAGAGGAGGCCGUGUCACAGAAUGAGAGUCGCCCAGUCGUCAGGAUCACCAGCACCAAACUCAAUGGGGAAGACUGCUUUAAUAAGACGAAGCACACGACGCCAGUACAGAAGGAGAGAAUCAGCCAAUCAGAACCCACAGACAUGGAGCUGGUGGAUAAAACCCUUCCUGAGACCCAGAGGGGAGGGGCCAAUGGAUACCACAAGGAUUCUGAUUGGCCGAUCCCAGAAGAAAUGGACCAGAAAGUCCUAGAUGAGGAUGAUGAGGGAGAAGAUGGUGUCUUUCUCCCAGAGGAGGCUACACCUACUUUAGACAAGGGGUUGCCUCUCCCAGAGAAGACUGUACCUACGUCACAACUGGCAGUGUCUUUUGUAGACGCUGAGUCUGCACCAAAGGAAGUUAUCUGUCCCUUAGACAAGGCUGUUUCUGCCCCAGAGAAGACUUUAUCUGUCUCUCGGGUAGCUGUUUCUGCCCCAGAGAAGACUUUAUCUGUCUCUCGGGUAGCUGUUUCUGCCCCAGAGACGAUUUUACCUCCCUUACACUUGGCUGUUUCUGCCUCAAAGAAGAAUGUGGCUGCGCUAGAGAAAGCCUUGGACACACGAGUAACUGUCCCUAAUUUACAGGACACCGUCCGUCUCCUAGAGGCUCUGAUUGCACCAGGGGAGGCUGUCUCUCUGCUAGAGGAGGCUCUACCUGUCCCAGGGGAGGCUGUCUCUCUGCCAGAGGAGGCUCUACCUGUCCCAGGGAAGGCUGUCUCUCUGCCAGAGGAGGCUCUACCUGUCCCAGGGGAGACUGUCUCUCUGCUAGAGGAGGCUCUACCUGUCCCAGGGGAGGCUGUCUCUCUGCUAGAGGAGGCUCUACCUGUCCCAGGGGAGGCUGUCUCUCUGCUAGAGGAGGCUCUACCUGUCCCAGGGGAGACUGUCUCUCUGCUAGAGGAGGCUCUACCUGUCCCAGGGGAGGCUGUCUCUCUGCUAGAGGAGGCUCUACCUGUCCCAGGGGAGGCUGUCUCUCUGCUAGAGGAGGCUCUACCUGUCCCAGGGGAGGCUGUCUCUCUGCUAGAGGCUCUACCUGUCCCAGGGGAGACUGUCUCUCUGCUAGAGGAGGCUCUACCUGUCCCAGGGGAGACUGUCUCUCUGUUAGAGGAGGCUCUACCUGUCCCAGGGGAGGCUGUCUCUCUGCUAGAGGAGGCUCUGCCUGUCCCAGGGAAGGCUGUCUCUCUGCUAGAGGAGGCUCUGCCUGUCCCAGCGGAGGCUGUCUCUCUGCUAGAGGAGGCUCUACCUGUCCCAGGGGAGGCUGUCUCUCUGCUAGAGGAGGCUCUACCUGUCCUAGGGGAGGCUGUCUCUCUGCUAGAGGAGGCUCUACCUGUCCCAGGGGAGGCUGUCUCUCUGCUAGAGGAGGCUCUACCUGUCCCAGGGGAGGCUGUCUCUCUGCUGGAGGAGGCUCUACCUGUCCCAGGGGAGGCUGUCUCUCUGCUGGAGGAGGCUCUACCUGUCCCAGGGGAGGCUGUCUCUCUGCCAGAGGAGGCUCUACCUGUCCCAGGGGAGGCUGUCUCUGCCAUGGAGACCAUCCUGGUCUUGCAGGAGGCUCUAACUGUCUUAGAAGAGGCUUCACCUGGCAUGAAGGAAGGUCUAAGUGUCUUACAGGAAGAGAAGGAGGAAGAUGAGGUUCUAAUCUCCUUGGAGGAGGAGGAAGAUGAGGUUCUAAUCUCCUUGGAGAAUGAGGAGGAAGAUGUCGCUACACCUGUGGCCUUGGAGGCUGUGUCUAUACCUGCCGUGAUUGAGGUUGUCCCUGCUUUAGAGAAAGAUGAGGAGGAUCUGCCUGUCUUUGACGAGGAAGAGAAGAUACAGGAGGAAGAGUGCCCCCUACAGGAGGUGUGUAGACCCUGCAGUGUGGACCUCAGUCAGAGCAAAGUGUCUGAGGGUCACGUUGCAGGUGAUGAUGAAGACGAUGGUCCUAUCAGAGCUAAAAGAAGAGCUCACAACGCCCGACAACUAAGCGACGAGGGACAGGAAGUAAGCGUCAAAGAGGAUGUGGAAGUCCUGACACCGCCGCCGAAAAAGAAAAGGGGCCGGCCAAGAAAGACUCAUAUUAUUAAAUACACGCAGGAAGUGUUGCCCGACUUUGACCCGGAAGUGAUCUCGACGGGGGAGUUGGUCCCAGUUCCCGGACCUCACCUGUUCUGGAAGAAUGAGCACGGUCUGGGUUGGCUGGACACCUUGCUGGUAGCGCUGGUCCUCUGUCGCACCCUGAGGGACAGACGACCCAUCAAGAGGCCCACUGUAGGUCAACCUGUCUGGGAUCUGUGUGAGAGGUACGACCGAGCCUGUAGUCUCAGCACAGCCUACCAACACACUGGCGCAGACGGUGUCGUCAGAGUGCCCUCUGCGGUGUUACAGAGGCUGCAGACUGAGAUGCAGGCCAUCAGGACGGCCAUCUUUAAACUGCUGGAGCCUCGACUGAAAUGUAAACUGGGUCAGAAUGAGAGGCUGGUUUUGGUCCUGCCUCUCCUCCUCGGGGCUGACUCCUGGGCCGAACCUCUCUUCCAGCAUGCGUAUGACUGGCAGUUUCAGUGUAUUUCAACGACUUGCCAGCAUGCCACCAAAACCAAAUGUGAGAAGACUCUCACCACUUUCACCAAGGUGGUUACUGAUUGGCACCCUCUCAAUGCUGCCAACCAAUCACGUUGCAGCAAGUGUAAUAAGUCGAAGCAAGCCAGGAUGUUGGUGCUGGAGAGGCUGUCUCCUGUGUUUGUGCUGCACUUUGCGGAAGGUCUCCCUGACAACGACCUCGGUGUGUACUCCUUCACCUUCCAGCAGCAGAGAUACUCCAUCACCACCGUCCUACAGUACAACCAGCCACUCAACCAUUUAGUCAGCUGGAUACGCAGACCCGACGGAUCAUGGUUAGAGUUUGACGACCGGAAGCAUCCGGACUGUGUCUCGCACACCCAGCUGCCGGUCCCCCCUAGAGAGAUCCACGUUGUCUUCUGGGAGUUGGAGACGGACCGUCCCCACAACACACAGACGCCCUGCACUUCUCAUCCCGAAAACCCGACGAGCACUUCCUUGAUAGAGAAAGAACUGAAGCAACCUCUCCUAGCCAAGCUCUUUGGCGUUAAUCGGUCUCUAGAACGUUCUCAGACGGUCUCUGAUGAUGCGAACGCUGACAUGGACGCCACCAUAACUGCCGACUAUAUAGAUAACGAUAUGGACACAACAUUAACGAAUAACGUAGACUCUCCCAUCGUCAUCGGUUCCACCUCCGUGCUCGCUGAUGUAUCGCUCCAGUCCUGGUCUCACGACCUCUCUCUCCACCGCCCUCUCGAUGACACGGCCGUUGUCGAGGCGCUGACGGUGUCUGACGAUACCGACAACGACACCACGGUGACAGCCGGUGACCCGUCCAUCGGUUCUGCCACGCUGCUCGACACCUUCGAAGGCCUCUCCCACGAUGACAUCGUCACCCUGACGCUCGUAGAGGUCAAAGUUGACUCUGAGAACAGGCCGUUGGACGACAUCACCGCGGCUCCCAAACAAAAUGGAAGAGACGUCUGCUUUCUCUCUGCUCCUAGAUCUGAGACCGAGACCCCCCCACUUGCCCAUGAAAUGACCCCAUCUGCCCAUGAAAUGACCCCAUCUGCCCAUGAAAUGACCCCAUCUUCCCACGAAAUACCCACUGAAUCUGAAACGCCCUCCGAAACAGACGAUGAAGACCUCGUCGAAAGGCCAACGUCCCCCGAUACGGCCAGUGAGUUUCUCCCUGACAGCAGUGACGGUCCUUCUGAGACGGACUCUGAAGAAGUCACUCCCAGUCCUCCCAAGAUCAGGAGAAGCAACAAUAGACCUAAAAUGGCGUCCAACACUCCAGUUGCUGCAGCAGCUAAGGGGGUCACAUCAACAUCAACACCAAUGGCACUUCCUGGAAACUGUGGUGAAAUAAUCCUGCCUUCCGUCGUAUCUAUGAUGUCAACGUCAUAUGUGGAACCCAGCACCGCAGCACCAGAGUUCCCUCCCUCUCCCCCGCCCCACCCUAAAACCCCCAUUACCUCCAGCUCUCUGCAGAGCACACCUGGUCCCUCUCCCCCGCCCCACCCCAUUACCUCCAGCUCUCUGCAGAGCACACCUGGUCCCUCUCCCCCGCCCCACCCCAUUACCUCCAGCUCUCUGCAGAGCACACCUGGUCCCUCUCCCCCGCCCCACCCCAUUACCUCCAGCUCUCUGCAGAGCACACCUGGUCCCUCUCCCCCGCCCCACCCCAUUACCUCCAGCUCUCUGCAGAGCACACCUGGUCCCUCUCCCCCGCCCCACCCCAAUACCUCCAGCUCUCUGCAGAGCACACCUGGUCCCUCUCCCCCGCCCCACCCCAUUACCUCCAGCUCUCUGCAGAGCACACCUGGUCCCUCUCCCCCGCCCCACCCCAUUACCUCCAGCUCUCUGCAGAGCACACCUGGUCCCUCUCCCCCGCCCCACCCCAUUACCUUCAGCUCUCUGCAGAGCACACCUGGUCCCUCUCCCCCGCCCCACCCCAAAACCCACUGGUCGUACCAUCUCAGCCAGAGACAACCGAGUCAAUUGAACCAUUCAACACCCAACCGGUUCCAGCAGCUUUCACAGAGCCGGCAGACCCCCAACCCAGAUGCUAGGCUGAAGAAGCCUCCGCCUCUCCCCAAAACCAGACUCAGUAAGGAGGACAACGAGGCCCUGCCGGUGAAGGCUGCCGAGAUGUACGGGGGGUUCCAGGCCAGGAGCAGGAACGUAAAUACAAACAUAAACAAUGUCUCUUCCAAGACUUCACCUCCAACCCAGCACCUCUUUCAAAGAAUUGACCCUCAAAAUGGCGUCUGGAAGACACCAAGUCAGCCUGGCGACUUCGCCUCGCGAAAACCCCCCAUCGACAACACUACAGCAGCGUAUCCUAUCAUGACCUCACUUCCUCCUUCUCCGGGUGUCACGGAGCUCCAUAAAAUCUCUUCCUCCAGGAAUCAAGGCCCCGGUGGCCAGGUCUCGAAGGAUCCGGCCGGCCUCAGUGAGACAGAAACCCUCAGGUACAAGCUGCUGAAGAAGCUGAAAGCCAAGAAGAAGAAACUGGAGAAGCUGAAUCAGAUGUUGGGUUACCAGGGGGCUGCAGGAGGACAGGAAGUGACCCGCAGACCAGACUGCGCCGACCUUCGCUCCCCCUCUACUGUUACCUCCAGUACCUCCGCCUACGACAGCCCUGCUUACGAUGAGUUCUUCGCCGACCUUCUGUCGCCCGCGACGACUGCCAGCAAUCUAUCACCGGACAGCACGGGCUUCCUGGAUAUGCUCACCACCAAUGGGCAAGAAGCGGGAGGGAACUUGGCGUGUGGGGGGAAUGCGAUUGGUGGAGCCUCACAGGUGGUGACCCCUGCGACCUUACAACUGGCCAAUCACGGUGUAGUAAUGCCACUGCCUGGUCUAGAUGGGCCAAUCAUGACCUCCGGUGAUAACUUCCUGGAGGAGUUCAUAUCGGGGUCGGCCAAUCAGCAGAUGGAGACGGAAGCCCUCAGUGCUUUCGACCUGUUCUUUUAGGCGUCGUUAGCAGAUCCUAGACCUGUGGUUAUCUGCUUACCCAACCCCUGAGCUUAAACAUCAAAGCUUAGCUCAGAUCAGCGGCGACAUCUCAGGAGUCUCCCAGAUGUCUCUCUGGUCCUGUAUUUCAGAUGCUGUUCAAUGAAAGGAUUCUCAUGUCUAAUUCGUUGACUAGAUAGGAAAAGAGUUGCCAGUUUAGAUGUAGACAGUUGCUAGGAGAAACUUCAUGCUACUACUCCUUUCAGUCGUGUGCGUGUGUGUGUACGUGUGCGUGUGCGUGUGUGUGUGUGUGUGUGUGUGUGUGUGUGUACAUGGCAUCAGUGGGUAGUUCUGUUAUUGGCAGCAUGUUGUCACACAAAGUGGAAUCUUAACAGUUGGCCAUUGAACAUAAACAAAUAUAAAUAAAUAAACCAUAUCAUUCAUGUAUUCACUUGUUUACGAAAGAAUGUCGAUGUUGAAUACGGUUUAAUGUUGAUACUCAUUGAAGCUUUGUCCAAAAACGCCACCUUAUUCCCUAUAUAGUGCACUAUAUUUUGACCAGGUUCCUAUAAGGUCCUCCAAGUAAAAAAUAAAAAAAUAGACAGAUUGAGGCUUUUUAAACGAAUGUGAUAUAUAUAUAUAGUUUGUUUCAGAGUAUUCUGUAAAGUUAAUAGGCGAGUGGUCUGAUCCUUCUUCGGAAUGUUCCGAAGAAAUCAUGAUACCGUUUUGGUUGGCCUUUUUUUUUAUUUUCGUUUUGUCUGAACGACUUAAAAUCCUGAACUAGGAUGAAAAGCCCGACGACGAGGAUAGAAGGUUCGUGUUUUAACGGUGGUUGGAACUCUUUAUCUUGUUCAUCAGUUGUUUUGAAUGUCAUUUUUUUGUAAUACUAAAGUGACAGUUGUAAAAUGUUGUAUAGGAUUGGAUACUGUAUAUAAUUCUAAUAAAAAUCAAAUGCUUUCUUUACAUGGA